AUGCACGACAUCGAGUACGCGCCCUCGGAGGGCGACGACUCGGAGUGGGUCGAUUCGGACGACCCGGACUUCACGCUGGAUGCACUGGAGGACGGCGACGAAGGCGAGGACGAGGGCGGCGGCGUCGACGAGGAGGGGGGCGAGGAGGACGAGGAGGAGGGCGAGGCGGGCGAGGAGGAUGAGGUGGACGCAGUACCUGGCGCGUCGCUCGAGCGCGUGGUGCGCGCCGCAGCCGUUCAGGGUUUCGUCAAACUCCAGUCGGGGAAAUUCCCGUGGUGGCCGCGGGAGACGGUGCGUGAGCUCGACGACCUCAGGCACGACCGCGUCAUGGUCACGGGGAACAGCGAGGUGUGCGCUGGGGCGGCGUGCUCGUGCCGGGACUCCCCCCCGGUGGGGGAACCCUGCACGCCGUUCGUCACCAAGGGCGAUACGCGUGACGACGUUCCGGCGGCGCCGUUCUGCGCCAUAGAUGCCCCGCUCCACGCUCACCCCGUGGAUAAGGCGACGUGCGACGAGCGACACGCCAAGCUCGUCGCGGUCUACGUCAUCCUCAGCUUUCUCUGCGAGUGGUGGAACCGCCAGAAGCGGCUGGUCGCAGAGCACGGCGUGCUGCGCGUCGAGAUCGAGGUGGCGAUGGCGGGGGUGGGACUGCGAGCCAGGCGACGCGUGGAUCUGGUGCUGGUGAGGACGCUGCCGUCGGGGGAGGAGAUCAUCCAGCCCAUGGAAGUAGACGAAUACUUCCAUCUCGGUGGGGGCGUCAGCAGCAGACGCUCGGUGUCGGACAUUCACCGCACCGCCGCCAUCGCGGCCAUGAGCGGUCUGUGCGGGCUGCGGCACGGCAUGCUGCGCUUGAACCCGGACCUCAUCCCUCUCGUCGGCGAGGUGGAGCUGCCGGUGCCGCGGUCGGGCGGGGACGUGACGUCGGUCAACAUCGAGGAGGAGCACCGGCGGUGGGGUCUGGCGGGCACGGCCGUCGAGCGCGUGUUUGCCGCCUUGGUGGUGGCGCUGUCGCUCCAAGACUACCACCGAGACUGCUUGCCGGCUGGGGCUGCGUGGAGAGUGGGGUGCCUCCUCGGGUACCCGAACGAGCGGGAGGGUGCCGAAGGUCGAGGCAAGCUGCCCUUCGCGCAGCUCUACACCUUUGGCACGGACGGCAACCUGAAGGACGCCGCCCGGGACUUCGACCCGUCGCAGCCUUCCCUCGACGAAGUUCGGCGCAUCAUCGCCCGCAAGAUGCGCGAGCUGGAGCCGCCCGCGCGCGCCGCCAGGGUGUUCGACCCCGUCACCACGAAGCGCCUGCGCGCAACCUUCUGGGAGAAAAUGCAGCGCGACGUUCGGUGCGUGAGGCCGCCGCCCGGCGCGGCGAGCGCCUUGCCGCCGGUGAUAUGCGCGUGCCUGGCGCUGAGGGCCGCGCCCGCCCGCCUGACGCUCCCCAACAGUCUCAAGGCGGUGCACCAGCAACGUUUGGUGGACGUGCCGGGGUCUGCGCUCGCCAUUCUUGGCGACGGGGGCGGCGUGGAGGUCGUCGGGGUCGGCCUGUCCGGGGGGGGCGAUGCACAGGCCCGGGACGAUGCGACCUGGCACCAGGAUUUAAUAGACACGGACGUGUCGUCGGCGGAGACCCUCCGCGCCAGAUUCCCGUUGGAUCUCCGAGCGGCGUGCACCGAGGCCGCCAAGCUGGAUCCGAGGUCCCUGAAGGACCUGCUGCUGGGCGCCCUCCAGGCUCUGGCGGAUCAGGCACAGAUCAUGACAGCGCCGCAGCAGCUGUUCGUGCUGGUGGGCCGCGACCUGCGGGAGCUGCUCCAGCUGCUCCCGGCCGACGACGUCCGGCGCAGCCUCUCGAAGUGGACGUGCUGCGACCUGGCCACGCAGGGCCCCGAGCGCCUGCGUCGGUACCUGGCCCUGCAUAGCCUGCAGAACACGGCGGAGUGGCGGGACCUGCAGGCUCCUCGGGACGGCUGCGGCGCCCACGACGCGGCGCACGAGCGCAGGAUCUUGCGCGGCUUGCUGGACCGCAUGAUCCGGCGCACCCCCGCAGCCUUCGUCGAGCCCUCCAUGUCGGAGGCGCUCCUGCAGUGCCUCGCCGCGACCGAGGCGACGCACGGGGACCUCGCGCGCCUCUUCGCGCUCGGGGAGGACGUUCGCGGCCGCGUCCUCGGCGCCGGCAAGCAGCAGCGCAAGGCGAAGCGCCCCUUGUCCCGCAAUGAGUUCCCCGGCGUGACACAGGAUCAGAGUUCCGGCAUGUGGCAUGCUCGCGUCAUGAUCGGCGGCGUUCGAGUGUUUCUCGGUUCUUAUCCGACUCAGGAGCUUGCCGUCGCGGCCACCGCGCUGGCGCUGGCGGGGCUGGGCACCGUCGAGGAUGUCCAGGGGCGUGCAGCCUACUUCGACGCCUUCGAGCGGGCGUAUGGCCGGGAGCUCGCCGAAAAGGACGUCACGACGCUGCGCGCCCUGCCAAGGGACCUGCUGGUGGCGCGGCUCAGGGGCUCGGCUCGGAUCUGGAGGCUUGCCUACCGGGAGAGAGACGCCGAUCCCGAUUCGGGGAAGCCGGACAAGUUGGGCGACCCCGGUGCUCAUCUGAGGAUGGUGCUGGGCGAAGAGGACGCCCCGCUCGGCGCGUACUCUUGUGUCUUGGCGCUGCGUCGGCAGGGUGCCACAAGAUACCGGUUCCGGAGAUUAUUCAGCUUCAUGGGGAUGGGGCGACCGCUGCACCGCUGUUUCAACACGUGGGAGGACGCUGCCUGCUUCGGGGGCGUGGUGGCGGCGCUGUGCGGGAACGACGAGGAGCAGCGCGACCUCGACAUGCACAUCGACUUGUGCACCAGAUUGCUGCACAUCACGCGCGGCCAGUUGCGCGCCGCGCGGGAUGCGACGUUGGUGGGAGGACCGGCGAUCGCGCUGCGGGUCCUCUGCGACCUCGUUUCUGCGGAGAAGGGAUGCUCGGGCGUGACCUUCGCGACGCUGUUGGAGCCGGGCCUUCCCAGCGUCGGGACGAAUGCAGCUGGGGAGUACCUCAUGCCGCGGAAACGUUUCUCCUUCGAAACGCCGCUGGCAAACGGACGGACUGACUGGCAGGCCACCUCGCACGGGUUCCGCAGCCCCGUUGACGCCAUCAGGGCCAGCGGGUUGCUUGCCUGGGGGUUCGGGGACGCCGAGACACGGUGGAGGUGGGCCCGCUACAUCCACGAGGGCAUGGCGAUCUUCAGCAGCCCCGGCGAGCUGGCCGAGCUGCGCGAGAUCUUCGCGCAGAUGGGGCCUGACUGCGGCAGGACCCUUCUGACGAUUGGCAUGCCGAAGGUCACAACGAACGACCCGGGCCGAUCGUUCGAAGUCGAGGACCUCGUGUUUCCGCCGCUGGAAAGCUCUCGCUACGUGGAAAAGAGCACGAAUGGGUUCCGUAUGUCAGUUACGGCCCUUUUGCAGAAGCUCAGGGACCUCGGCAUCCCCAUCGCACGGACAGAGUUCGGCUCCAGGCUCGAGGUGCUCGCGCGCCUUGUCCACUUGAGCGACUACCCCGUCACGGGCAUCGAGAAGCAGAAGGCCAUGAAGGAGGCGUUCCCGGGUCUCGGCGGCGACGGCGAGGACGACGUGGGCCGCGCGCGGCGGAACACCUCGACCGGCGGGCCCCAGGGCGGUCGCAACCACGUGGCCGGGAAAAAGGUGUACCUCGCGACUCGCGGGAAUCGCGGCGCGAAGGCAAAGGCCGCUCUGGAGCAGCACAGGAACCACGUCCGAGGUCUGGGCGGGACGAUCGUGGAGGACGCGAAGAUCUGCGACCUGUGCAUCGUGGUCGAGAUGGACAAGGAGGUGUGGAGGCGGUGCCGUGGGUGUCCGCCCGUGGAGGACGCCGAUUGGCUGGCGCAGACGUACAACGAAUUCGGCGUCGUCGCCCCUGGGCCGCACGAGGUCCCCGACGUGGCAGCCGCCGCGGCGACGGCGCAAGGAGGGCACGGGCCAGGCGGGCGCGGGGGUGCGGUGGACAACAAUGCCGCCGCGGAGCAGCGACGGCGCAAAAAGCAGCGCCUGCAUCCAGGCGCUGCUCCGGAGCCGCAGCCGCAGACCCCGCCCGCGGCGCUGCAGUCCCCGCUGGUCGAAGCGCACCCCGCGGCCGCCCAGGGAGCGCUCGAAGCGGAGAUCGUCACCCUCCCGGGCUGGGACCGCGAGUCUGCUGAGCGCGUCCUAACCGCGCUGCCGCACGGCCUGGGCGGCCAAUUCGUGUCAUGCAGCAAUGCCGCAGCGGGCCAGCAGCAGCACGCGGGAGCCGUCGGGAACCUCGUGCUGUGGGGCACGUUCGGAGAAGCGCGGCUGUCCGCGUCGGAUCUCGCAGAUGGCAUCGCGUGGCCCGGCACCGCGGUCUCGGCCGCGAUGGUGGAGCUGGCCGUGCGCGCCAUGCGGACGCGCUUGGAAUCUCAGCGCGCGCACGAGGGCGGGGGAGCCGCGGGGGCCGCCGCGCCGCCACGGGUGCUGCUGCUCGGGCAACAGGACGUCUCGCAAUGCGUCAAGCACAAACGCGAGGCCUGCAAGUACCUCCAAACACUUGCGCGGGAGUGCUUCGGGACUGACCUCGCGGACGUGGACGCCGUCGUCUGCAUCUUCAGCGCGGGCGCGCUGCAUUCGGACCGGGCCGUGAUCACGCACUGGCAGGUCGCGGGGUGGUGGCGUCCGAGCCAGGAGCAUGACCGCGAGGACAGGAAAUUCGUCGUCGACUCGCUGACGAGCCCAACAGGGCUCGAUCAGGCGCAACAGGUCCUAAUGCACGUCGUGAGCGCCGUCCUGCAGGCCGACGCUCCGGAGCACAGCGACCCCACGGAUGAGCCUGGGAGCACCGCUGCGCAGCAGCUGCCGGACCAGCUGGGGCUCGACGUGCAGCGCUCCAUCCCGGAGCUCCCCUGCACGCAGCAGGGCUGGGGCACCUCCGACUGCGGGGUGUUUGCCCUGCAGAACCUGCAGGACAUGGCCUCGAAGGGCCCGCUCGCAAUGCCGUCCACCGCUCGUGUAGAACCUGCAGACCUGCGUCGGCGGUUGACGGAGCUGAUCCUCGGCGGAGCGCGCAGCGCCUGA